UUUAAAUCUCGGCUCGCGAGUGCGCGGUGGCGCCCGGAGUAAAUAAACAGCAGAAAGUGAACAAACUUCCCCGAGUCCGCCAGCGCGGCCGAUGAGAGCGCACGGGUUCUGUCGGCGUUAGGCGACGGGUGGCCUCUGAGGUGUCUCUUUACGAUUGUUUGGAAGUUUUGGCCAGCGGGCCUCGGGAGGCAGCGCGUUGGCCAGAUGGCGACGGCCGGGGAGAGCAGCAGCAUCACCAGCCGCAUCAGGAACCUGCUGCGCUCGCCGCCCGCGCUCAACCUCAGGAGGUCCCGGCCGGCCGCCAGGGAUGUCUCGGAGCGGAUUACACUGGACAAAGUCCUUGGGAUUACAGCAUCCAGCAGCAGUAGUUUAGCCUGUGAUUUGACCACAGGAUUAGUGGCAUAUCCAGCAGGGUGUGUGGUGGUGCUCUGCAACCCAAAGAAGAAUAAGCAGACUCAUAUUCUCAAUGCUUCCAGAAAAGCAGUCUGUUCUUUGGCAUUCUCACCAGAUGGAAAAUACUUGGUUACUGGGGAGAGUGGACACAUGCCCGCAGUGCGGGUCUGGGAUGUGGCUGAGAAGACGCAAGUGGCUGAAUUACAGUGCCACAAAUACGGAAUAUCAUGUGUAUCUUUUUCUCCCAACAUGAAGUAUAUUGUAUCAGUAGGCUACCAGCAUGACAAGCUUGUGAAUGUCUGGGAUUGGAAGAAAAACUCCAUUGUAGCAUCCAAUAAAGUUUCCAGUAAGGUGACAGCUGUUUCAUUUUCUGAAGACAGCAGUUACUUUGUCACAGCCGGCAACCGACAUGUCAAGUUCUGGUACUUAAAUGACUCCAAAACCUGCAAGGCAAAUAUUACUGUUCCCUUAAUAGGACGAUCUGGAUUGCUGGGUGAGCUCCACAAUAACUUUUUCUCUGGAGUGGCAUGUGGUAAAGGGAAGAUGGCAAGAAGCACCUUUUGCAUCACCAGUUCUGGUCUUCUCUGCCAGUUCAAUGGCAAAAGAGUACUUGAUAAAUGGUUGGAUUUGAAGACCUCUGCAGCAAAUUGUAUCUCUGCAACCCAGGAUUUCAUCUUUUGUGGUUGUUCUAAUGGAACAUUAAAAUUAUUUAACCCUGUAAACCUCCAUUUUAUUACCAAUCUGCCCAAACCACACUAUCUGGGAGUGAAUGUGGCAUCAGGAAUUGAGCCAAGCCGUUUAUUUGCAAGGAAGUCAGAUGCCAUGUAUCCUGACACUGUUGGUGUGGCCUUUGACCCUUCCAGUCGAUGGUUGUCAUGUGUGUACAAUGAUCAUAGUCUCUAUGUGUGGGAUACAAAAGACAUUAAGAAAAUUGGGAAAGUUUACUCUGCGUUGUAUCAUAGUUCCAGUGUAUGGAGUGUGGAGGUUUAUCCAGAGUUGGAAGAUAUUAACCUAGCUUGCCUGCCACCUGCAUCUUUUCUAACUUGCUCGUCAGACAACACUAUCCGAUUGUGGGAUUCUGAUGGUGCUUCUGAAUUUCAAUUCACUUCAUUCCGUAGGAAUAUUUAUAGCACAGACUUAAUCAAAAUUGUGUACGUUGAUGACAAUAUUGAGUACCUUCAAGACAUCAGUAACAAUCCUGACCGAACUGAAAAUGGAGGAACUUCUGAGAUAAAAUCAGGAAUUCGGGUCAUAACCAUCAGCCCUGAUGGGCAACAUCUGGCUUCUGGGGAUAGGAUGGGGACCCUGAGAAUUUUUGAUAUGCAGUUCUUGGAUGAACUAAUGAAAGUUGAGGCUCAUGAUUCUGAGAUUCUCUGUCUUGAGUACUCCAAACCUGAAACUGGAAUGAAGUUGUUGGCAACAGCAAGUAGAGACCGUCUAAUCCACAUUUUAAACGUGGACAAACAGUAUAGCCUGACACAGACGCUAGAUGACCAUUCCUCCUCAAUUACUGCUGUGAAAUUUGCAGCCAGUAAUGAUAUUGUCAAAAUGGUUAGUUGUGGAGCUGAUAAAAGUAUCUACUUUCGUACUGCACACAAGUCUGUCGAUGGAGUUCAGUUUGCAAGAACUCAUCAUGUUGUUGGAAAGACAACCCUGUACGACAUGGAUGUUGAUAUCACUCGAAAAUACGCAGCUAUAGGCUGCCAGGACAGAAAUAUUAGAAUAUAUAACAUCAGCAGUGGAAAGCAAAAAAAAUGUUUCAAAGGUUCACAGAGUGAAGAUGGGAUCCUCCUCAAAGUUCAGAUGGAUCCUUCUGGAACAUUUGUAGCUACUAGUUGUUCUGACAAGAAUAUUUCUAUCUAUGACUUCAAUACUGGAGAAUGUGUAGCCAGCAUGUAUGGACAUUCAGAAAUUGUAACUGGCAUGAAAUUUACUCAUGACUGCAAAUAUCUGAUAACAGUAUCAGGAGAUAGUUGCAUUUUCAUAUGGCACUUGGACCCUCAAUUGACUGCAUGCAUGAGGCAUCGUCUAUUUGAAAUUAAGCAGAUUACUAAGAAAGACAAGACAGCUGGAGCCAAGGGUCCUGCACCAAUAAGGAGAGAGACCUUUAUGGUGCAAAAGUUAACUUCAGAUGAUCAAGAAGAUGAUAUGAGUGAGGAAGAUGGAGAGGAUGGGUCAUUCCAAACUCCAUUGAAAGAACACAUGGACAGAGAUAAGGCUGAAGCUGCUACAUUCCUGCUGACUAAUGGGAAACUUCCAAUGUGGGCAAAGAAGAUUGGUUUGCUCAACAUUAAUCCACUGCAUUUAAAUGAAGAGGCAGGUGACAACAGUGUGCACAAUAGAACAGGGCGUAACACUGAGACAUUUCAUCCACGUGGAAGAUGGGCUGAAAGGAUGGACAAAGAUCUUAUUCACUCCAUUCUGGGAAUGGGGCAGCUGGAGGAGUACUGUGCAACCCCAACUCCAGGCAGAAUGUCAGUGGCACAAGGGAAGCCAAACAGCUGCUCGGAGCAGGACAAUUUUGAACCACGUAAUUUGGAUAACUUUCUAAGAUGGUUGAUCUUCAAACAAAAUGCAAAAAAUGGCAACCACUUCUUCCUGAAUCCUCGUUUAAGUAUUUCUGCUCGAUUUCUGUCCCGCUGCCAGAAAAGUAGUAGGAUAGCAGCAACUUUCCCCCUCAACUCCCAACAGCAGGGCAAACAUUUGCAAGACGUAACUCUCAAGUCCACACAGUUAAGUGCUGAAGAGAGAGCUUCUGCACAAGCUAAUGAAUCACAGUUACAGUCAUCUUUCAAUGGGACAGAAAUUCAUCAAGGUGUAGAGAGAAAUUGUGUUGAGAAAGUGACACAUGAAAAUGAACAGCAUGCAGGGUCGAUGAAUACAAGUGCUGAGAUGCCCCUUGCAUUGCCUGGGGUGAAAGAUAGAACAAAUAAUGGAAGAAGUCAAAUGGGUAGAAGAUCAGCCUCUGUCAAAGACCUGGCACAAAUGGAAGAGCAGGCAUUGUCACCUUCAUUCAUGACAGCUUCUCAAUCAAGCAAACUUGAUAUGCAAGUGAAUGAGGAAACAAUGAGACAGUCACUUCAUGGCAAAAUAACCUUGUUUGCUGAUUCACUUACUUCGAAGAACAAAUCUGGCAGAGCCAGGUCUUACAUGGAUCCAACAGCCAGCUUCAGAGCCAAGAUGUCUCGUAGUGCAUCAAUGGGAGAGAACCUGAAUCUGAAAACCUUAGGACAGUCAAGUGGUAUGAGCUUGCCCAAUUCCAAAGCAUCAUCUACUACAGACUUAACAGCAGAGGCAAUGAUGGAAUCGAUUCCAAGUGAAGUAUGUUCAAUUGAAGAUUCUAAAGAAAAGACGUUGCCAAAACAAUCAUCACAAAGUGGUAUUUUGCCUUAUGGGAACCAUCAAGCUAGAGCCAACUUAACCUUGAACCUUUCUAAAAUUCAUACAGACAGAUUGUUGAUGCCUCCUCCAAUAGCUAAUGGUGUUGCCGUUUCAAAGGUUAAACAAAAGCUACGAGCUGGUCAAGAUUCCACACGGCUGUCAUCCUCUGCAGUUACAUGUGUGCAACCAGUAUGUUUAAUUAAAAAGGAUCAAACUCUCUGCGACCAUGAGGAAAAUGGGAAUGGUCCAAAUGUGAAUUCAUUGGAAAUCCUAAAGAGAGAGAGUGAACAUUCAGAGCACUGCAGCAGUUCAGAAGAUGCAGGGGAGCACACUUUGGAUGAAUGUCAAUCUUUAGACUCGUACCCAGAAAGAAACACUUUGAUAGGGGAAGUCCCCAAAUCAUCUGGAGAAACCCGGGCGGUUGAAGAGCAGUCUACCAAUGAAGCAGAUCCUGCAGUCAGUAUCCAGAACUGUGAAAAUGUUGUAACAGAACUUCAGAACACUUUGCAGAAGGCCUUGCAACUGUUUAGCAAGGUGACAUCCAGCAAAGCCGCACCAGAAGCGAAGUCCCAGAUGACAACUAUCCUGUGUGAUGCAUUUUCCUCUGCGAGGAAGCAUUUGAACUCUGUAGCGUCUUUGCCAGUUUCAGAAGCUGUGGUAGACACGUCACUUUUCCCUUCAGAAUCUCUGGAGAAUGGCAAGGCGACAGCUCUGCUUGAGCACUAUUCAGAACUGUUGAUAAAAAUGAUAACACAGAAACUACAAUUACCAAAAUAAAUGGCACCUCUGAAACCACAGAAAGAAAUAAAGUGCCUGGGUCCUUGGUGUUUGUACAGGACUCCAAUAAAAGAACCAUAAUUCCUCAUCAAAUCAUAGUUUGCAGUUGUACUUUUAAGCUGGAAAGUAUUUCCGGAUUUCCUUGUGCUGUUAAGGAUCGAUCCCUAAUUCUAACCCUUCAUUGAUACAGAAGCUUGUGUAUGAAUGUGAUGAGCAGAGAAUAUUUAACUUUUUAAGUAAUUCAAGAUGCUACCACCUUCCCCUCAACCCCUGCCAUUUCCCACUCAAAAAAAAAUUAAAAAUUGCACUUGCCUUUUACUGAGAAAUGGGACUCCCAAAAAUGAUUUUAGUAACUUAUUUUAAAAAGUUCUUAAUGAGAAAGCUAACUUUUCACAAGUAUUGUUUUUAUUUUGGAAAAUAUGCAGCCUUCACAGAAAGCUAACGCUAUAUUAAUUUGUGAAGCAAUCACAAACCUGCAAAAUAUUUGUAUUCAGAAAGAUGUAACUAGUUUUAUUAUGGCCGGAGUUAAUGUCUCAAACUGCAAUCUACUUAUAUAGUUCACUCUAUUUUUAUAGUUCAAUUAUCCAAUAAUUUCAAUUGAAUAAACACUGGAAGUUCAACUUUUUUGGAUUGGGGGGUUGGGGAAAUAAAGGUAAGAUUUUGGAUUUUGAUUAGUAGAUCAUCUUCUCAUCACAAUACAGUGCCUAGGUUAGCUGGUUGCAUCUGGGCAGUUGCAGUAACAACAUUUUGGUGCAUCAACAUUAACUUGCAUGGAGGUUAUCUGACUUAUUAAAGGGCUUGUGUAUUUCAAAUCUGUCUCCUGAAGAGGGACUUAGUUUUAAUUUUCUUUUCCUCUCCUGGCCCAAGGAAUUGUAGCUGGUUUCUUGCAUCUUUCUUUACAAAAAUAUAUAUUUGCAUGUAAGUAUUUUUCAGAGCAGGUUUGAAAUUUUAAAAAGGAGCUAAAUCUGUUAAAACUGUAGAAUAACUCCCCAGGCAAAAGCCCUUUGGGGGGGGGAAAAUGUUGUUUGUUUUAAUCAGGGUUUCUGAUGGCCUUUUUCUUAAAACUGCAUGUUUUUAAAAAUGCUGUAUGAUCCACAUGGAUUUCUUUUGUUGUGCUGCUGUACAUAUACCUGUAUAAAGUUAGAUUUUUACAAUACAAUAAUGUAUAAAAUAAGCACACCUUUUCUGAAGUUGCAUUAUUUUUAGGAUGUUUUUUUUUUGUCUGUUAUGUAUGUUUUUUUUGCCAGUUGGUGUGUGGAUUUUUUUUCUCGAAUCUCUUGCCUUAAAUCUUUUGAA